AAAAGAAAAUAUUUGAAUAACCAAAAGAAUCUAGUGAGCAUUAAAGUAGCUCGCCAGCUUAAGCAAAAAAGUAAAUAAAUAAAUAGAACGCAAAGGGUGCUGCGACCUGUACCGUAAAACAUGCUGAACAUGAACCAACUGAGCCAGGCUGCUCCCGUGCUGCCACACCCACAAGCACAUUACGCCGAUUGCCGCCCAUUGCCGGCAAUCAACGAGACAUUUGCGCAAUUUAGCCAACAUCGUUUGGCAAUCUCGGUCCUCUCCCCAUUGGAUCUGUCGCUGCGCGCGGCGCCAAAUAUGGUGCCAAUUACACCGCCUUCGACGCCCUCGCCGCCGCGCAAGCGGCAGAGAUUAAUGUCCGAGGAGAAUUACCUGUGGCGGCCGCAUGCUGCGCUGGUGAUGCAGCAGCCACCAGCAACGGCCACCAGCUAUUUUCACCAGCAGCAGCAACAGCAGCAGGAAUUGGGUGGCAGCUGCUACGGCUUGCGCGGCUUUGAGGGAGUGGCGAGCUAUGACAAAAGUAAUUUUCACGGAAAAAGUAACUUUGCGCACAUUCCGGCAAGUCAAUCGAGCGUGUCCAGGACAGCAGCAACAGCCGCAACAGCAGCAGCAGCAGCAGCAGCCAGCGCGGAGGAUGAGACAAUUGUAUUGACCGAGGACGAGGAUGAAACAGUUGUCAGUUCCCAUGACUACAAUGAGUACGCGACGGACACUGAGGGCGACGGCGAUGGCGACGAGGAGGAUGAGACUAUACAAGUCCACGACGUUGAUGUGCCACAGGAGCAGCGGCAGGCGCAGCAGAAGAAGGAUGAGGAGGAGGAGGAGGAAGAGGUAUUUGUAGACAUACUGGGCAACGAUGAUGAUGAAGACGAUGUUGUGGAGCUGGCACCACAACAAAGCCCCGCACAGCAGCUGGAGGCCAAGGCCCUGAAACGCCAUGAGCUGAUCUAUGAGGAUGAGGAGCUGCAUCAUCAGGCUGUCAAUGGUCUGGCCAAGCUCUUUGAACGUGACUUUGGCUCGUCGUCCAAGGAAUGCCUCGAACUGGAAGCAGAGGCUGCAGCAGCCGCCGUCGAGGAGCAGCCGGAAAAAGUUUAUACGGAUUUGAGUGGUGGCGGCGGCGUCGGAAGCGGCGGCAAUGCGGCGCUCCCAAAUCCCACUCAAGUGUCAGCACCAGCUCAAGCCCCGCUGUUGCGCAAACACAAGCCAGAGCGUAGACGCACCAAGUUGCGCAAACACGCAGCCAUCGAUGAGGAGACAAUUAGUCCCGUCUCCGGCACCAUAAUACGCAAGCUGCGCGACGAUGAGGAGCUGGUGGUGCGUAAAGGUGACAUUGAUCCGGCUUUCAAUGUCGUCGAAAUCACCGAAGAGGCCAAAGCCAUCUUGGCCAGCAUCGAAAAUAAGAUUGGCGACUAUAUGUGUCAGCUUUGUCGCACCGUCUACGAUGAUGCCUUCAUGCUGGCCCAGCAUCGUUGUCCACGCAUCGUGCACAUCGAGUACAAGUGCUCCGAGUGUGAAAAGGUUUUCAAUUGUCCGGCCAACUUGGCUUCGCAUCGUCGCUGGCACAAGCCCAAAUCGGAGAUGCAGCCCGGCAAAAAGCGGUCAAGCGGUGGCGCCAGCGAAGCUGCCAUCGCCAGCUGCAGCUCCAGCUCCAGCACAGCAGAGACUGGCCACAAGGCGUCGCCUGGCGAGGAUGCCAGCGAUGGCAUUUAUCCCUGCCAGCAAUGCGGCAAAUCCUUUCGACGCUACGCCUAUUUGAAGAAGCAUCAGGCUUCGCAUCAAAUGCUGGAUAAUCUCAAGAAUAUGGAGCUUUUUAAUGCGCAUCAGCAGCAGCAGCAGCAGCAGCAGCAACUGCAUCAACAGCAGCAGCUGCAGCAGCAACAUUUGCCCGCACAACCCGCGGCUGCGGCUGCACCUUAUGUGCUGCCACGCCCACCGCAUUGCACUUUGUAUCCAACGGGCACGUCCAAGAGCUAUGCAAGCGGAGGCCAGCGCUUUGGCGGCUUCCCCUUUCAGUCAUUCGACCAGCGGCGCUUCUACUCGCUCGGCGAACUGUAUCUCAGCCAGCAGCUGGAGCGCUCCUCGGCCUUUCAGUACGUCCAUGCGAAUCAUCUGAGGCAGCUGUCGAAUGUCGCCCACAAUAUGCUGCCGCCGCUGCCGGUCAAAUGACCCAGCAGCCAUGUGCUGCGUCCUGUGCCGCGCAUUGCGUCCACAUCGACGUCUACGUCAACAGCAAUGGCAACGGCAGCAGCAGCAGCAGCAACAACAGUCAAUCGGCAACUGGAGCUGCCACCGAUAGUUGCCACAGCGCCCAAUUUCAAUUGGAUGCUGCCGAUGUCAACGGCAGCUGCGGCGCCAGCGGAGGCGAGUGAGCAUGUUGUUGCUUAAUUACAAUUCGAUUUAUAGCAUUCAAUAAAGUUAAAUAGUUAAUGUUUACAUUAUCAUCAUUAAAAAUAUUACCAAAA